GGUGCGCGCACCAUGGGGGAGAAACCCGGGACCAGGGUCUUCAAGAAGUCGAGCCCUAACUGCAAGCUCACCGUGUACUUGGGCAAGAGGGACUUUGUAGAUCACCUGGACAAAGUGGACCCUGUAGACGGUGUGGUGCUUGUGGAUCCUGACUACUUGAAAGACCGCAAAGUGUUUGUGACCCUCACCUGCGCCUUCCGCUAUGGCCGCGAAGACCUGGAUGUGCUGGGCUUGUCCUUCCGCAAAGACCUGUUCAUCGCCACCUACCAGGCCUUCCCCCCAAUGCCCACCACCCGGCCCCCCACCCGCCUGCAGGACCGGCUGCUGAGGAAGCUGGGCCAGCAUGCCCACCCCUUUUUUUUCACAAUACCCCAGAAUCUACCCUGCUCGGUCACACUGCAGCCAGGACCAGAGGACACAGGGAAGGCCUGCGGGGUAGACUUUGAGAUUUGAGCCUUCUGUGCCAAAUCACUAGAAGAGAAAAGCCACAAAAGGAACUCUGUGCGACUGGUGAUCCGAAAGGUACAGUUUGCCCCAGAGAAACCAGGCCCACAGCCUUCAGCUGAAACCACACGCCACUUCCUCAUGUCUGAUCGGUCCUUGCACCUUGAGGCUUCUUUGGACAAGGAGCUAUACUACCACGGGGAGCCCCUCAGUGUCAAUGUCCACGUCACCAACAACUCCACCAAGACCGUCAAGAAGAUCAGAGUCUCUGUGAGACAAUAUGCCGACAUCUGCCUCUUCAGCACUGCCCAGUACAAGUGCCCCGUGGCUCAACUUGAACAAGAUGACCAGAUAUCUCCCAGUUCCACGUUCUGUAAGGUGUACACCAUAACCCCACUGCUCAGUGACAACCGAGAGAARCGUGGUCUUGCCCUGGAUGGGAAGCUCAAGCAUGAGGACACCAACCUGGCUUCCAGCACCAUAGUAAAGGAGGGUGCCAACAAGGAGGUGCUGGGAAUCCUGGUGUCCUACAGGGUCAAGGUGAAGCUGGUAGUAUCUCGAGGCGGGGAUGUCUCUGUGGAGCUGCCUUUUGUUCUUAUGCACCCCAAGCCCCAUGACCACAUCACCCUGCCCAGACCUCAGUCAGCUGUUCCCGAAACAGAUGUCCCUGUGGAUACUAACCUCAUUGAAUUUGAUACCAACUAUGCCACAGAUGACGACAUUGUGUUUGAGGACUUUGCCCGACUUCGGCUGAAGGGGAUGAAGGAYGACGAUUAUGAUGACCAAUUCUGCUAGGAAGGGGGGCUGGAAGAAGGGAGUGGAUGGUGCUGGGAGAGGUAGGGACAAGACCAAGAUCCCUGCUAUGGAGGCGGGGGUGUCCCUGCUUCUUUUCCUUCCCCUCCAUCCAGCAGUUUCCUCAACCAACCCCUUUUCUCACUCCCCCUUUACCCCAGAUACGCACUGGACCCAUCACUUGUUUAAAGUGGGCAUUAAUCUUUUUACUACAGCUCUGCUUCCCCAGUUGCCCAGUGGGUGGCAAGCUGUGUUCAUACAUGAAUUUUUUGGAGGGGGACAACAAGGAGUGAGAGUAGGGAAAGGGGAAGAACUCCCAUAUUCAAUUUCACACCAACACAACUGCCCCCUCCAGUCACUCUCUGCCUCCCAUUCCUCCAAGAUAAGACCCUGCAGAGGCAAAGCUGUUUCUUUGUUUCUGAGCAUAAACAAGAAAAUAAACCUUUUAAUAGGCAUGAGUGUGUGUGUGUUUUCCCUGUAGUGUUCAGUGCGUAGUGUGCGUAUCCACAAUUCCUUUCUGUACCCUCAGGGCACCUGA